AUGCCAACUGCGACAGCUCAAAAUGAUUCAAAGUGCCACAGUUUCACUUACAACCCAAAUGUUAUCCCAGCCCUCUACUAUCUGAUGUUCCCUUUAGCCUUGUUGCUGAAUGGUGUAGCAGCCUGGGUGUCCCUACACCUUAAGUCCACCACCACCUUUGUGGUGUAUUUGAAAAAUCUGAUUGCUGCUGACACUUUAAUAACCUUGAUCGUCCCAUUCAAAAUUGCAUCUGACUUGUCGGGUGCAUCACAAAUUCUAUUCAAACUGUCAUGUCGUUAUUUCAGUGUCGUUAUGUACAGCCUAAUGUACAUAUGUAUUGGUUUGUUGGGUUUAAUUAGUGUAGACCGUUUCUUCAAAAUCAUGACACCCCACGGAAACUUUGGCCAGAAUGUGACAUUUAGCAAAGUGAUAGCAGGCAUAGUCUGGAUAACAAUAUUUGGAGUCUCAGGUAUACCAAAUAUAAUUUUAACUAAUAAAUCACCCAACUCGACACAGGCCAUCAGUUGUAUGCAAAUGAAAGGAACAGAAGGAUUUGUAUAUCAUACAAAAACAGUGAUUUUUGUCAAUAUUUUCUUCUGGAUUGUCAGUUUGGUCAUUGUGGUUUGCUACAUCUGCAUCACAAACAAAGUCAUCGAGUCAUUUCGAAACUCCGGCAGCAAUAACAACCAUGGAAAGCAGAAAAUCAAACUACGCGUUUUUCUUGUUAUUAUUGUCUUUUUUGUGGCGUUUGGACCAUAUCACAUAGUCAGGAUCCCAUACACGUUUCAGCAAGUCAACUAUGCCAGUAAUUCCUGCUUGUUUGAACUGAGCAAGUUUGCCAAAGAUGCCAGCCUUUGGCUUGCCACCACAAACACGUGCAUAGAUCCACUUCUCUAUGUCUUUCUGUGCAGAGAGUUCAAAGAGAAACUGGUAUCUUUGAUGGCAGAUGUUGCCAUCUCACUUAAAUUGGCUUCAGCACCAGAGAAACCAGACACCACUUUGCAACAGACUAAAUUCUGA